CAGCGUUAUCGUUCCGGAUCGGUUCCGUGAUAAAGAUGGUUUUCAAGAGUAAAUUUGUGCAGGAACUGUGUUCAAUGAACACGGAAAUCUACGUGGAACUGUUCCUGGUAGUGCUCAACGAAAAUGUAUUCUUUAAGAACGUUCGCAACCUGCACAAACCCGCACUAGAAGCUUACGUGUACGUGCUCCUGAUGAAACAGCGUGGAACUUUGCCGGCCAGCGUUUGCGAGAUAACCAACAAAUUUCAACUGCAGCAUCUAUUUUCCCUCAUCGAUGAUAAUCAUUUGCGCCUUCGGGAAGAGAUUGAAACGCUCCGAUGGGUCUUGAGUGCCUUAACAUUACUAGUUUUAGGAGAAACCGAUACGAAGGAAACGUACCGGAGAGUGGAAUCGUUUGUGAAACAAUACGAGCAGGAUCGUCACGAAUUGCCACUGUACAAUGAUGUGCUGCGAACGCUGCUGCUGCUGGCCAAGGAAAGGUCCACGCUCGAGCCAAUCUUUCUACAGAUCGACGAGAAGAAGAUGAUCAUGCGAUUAACGUCGGAAUCGAACACUAUUCGGACGAAGGUCCUCGCCUGCCUUCAAACAUUGAUGCAGUUCAAACCGGCAUUGUUCAAGGAAUGGCUGUUGAUCUUGCAAGACGAUAAUCAGCGGUUGCAGCUCGAGCAGCGAGUGUUCCUCACAUUCCAGCUGUUGGAAACUUUGCUGCGCCUCGACGAUCACACAGACGAGAUAAUACAAACACUUGAGUGCGAUCAAGUUUGGUUGAUCGUCAUGGAUGGGUUGAAGUCGAAAGAUGCUAUUUGCCGUAAGGAAGCUUUAGCAACCAUCCGAUACGCCAUUAGCUAUGUGCAGCAAUGUAAAACAGCUAUACACGGUCAGUACUUCAAUUGUCCGCUAGAUAAGACGGUGGGUUUGAAUGCCUAUCAAUCGUUGGUUACUAUGAUCGAAGCAUUAAACGAAACACAAACCCAUUUGAUACUGCCGGCUCUGGAUUUGUUCAACAAACUUGCACCGCUGCACCGUAGGUGGGGUAAUCUUCUGCUGCAGAUGGAACUAUUACACGAAAAUCCACACGUUGUUCAACAUGGAUUACUGCAUUUCUUGAAGCACCGUCCAUUUGACGCCGAAGAAGCGGACUUGGAAAAUCUAUUUUUGCAAACAUUCAACCAAGCUACACCAUAUGCCACCGUCAGUGAAACUAUAGAAGAUAUGGUGAAAUACUACAGCAAAUCCGAGUCGCUAAUUUUCCUGCUUAAUGCCGCACAGGAUAUCGAAUGGAAUUCGGUGCCGUACUAUUGCAUUGCAAAUGUGAUGCACCAACAAAUCGAUCUGCUAACAAAAUUCGAAAAUACGACACUGAAAAUAUUCCGGAAAUGCAUUCAAAAGGCCCGUCAUGCGAAAAACAUUGGAUUACGAUCAGCCAUUGUACGAGUACUGCUGAUAACAAGCGUUAUCUAUGUGGAUAAAUAUUUCGCUGAAAUAGACUUGCACCAGGUUCUUGCGAUUUUAUCUGAAAUUGGGCCAUGUUCUACAUCAAUUGCCAAUACUCUGGACCAAAUUAAGUUUGAAACAGGAUUUUCUUGUUGUGAUGCCCUCGGUGUAAAUGCUCUGGUGAAUAUGCUCCCUAAAGCGACCGCAAAAGAGGCAUUUAUUAUAAACGAAAUAAUCGUGAAACAUGCAGAGAAAUUAAACGAAAAGCAGUGUAUGAAAUUAGCUAAGUAUUCGGUGCCGUUAUUUCUAAGAGUCGUUCAACACAUCCCAUCGGUAGACGGGAUUGUUUUAAUGGAAUUCGAAGAUGCAACCAAAUUAGCAUUAGGAAGCAUAAGAAAUGGAAAAGCAUUGAGCAAUGAAACGUUAUCCAUUAUUCGUGAAAUAAUGCCACUGUUGCAAUCGACUAGCACCGACUCGGCCAAUCCAUUGAAAAAAUGUGUAGAAGAUUGGCAUAAAGUGAUCGAUGAAUUGCGUCAAAAGACAGAUUUGGCUUCCUUUGAUUACAGCGAUCCAGCGGUUGCCGUCCAAUCCAUUCAGUUGGUGCAUGCUGUAGGUGCCCGGCGCCUUGCUCGAUCAUUCUUUGCCCAGGUAUCACUGCCUGAUUUGCAAAACACAUUCCAACGCCAUCUCCCUGCUGAAGCAUCUCAAGGGCCAACGAUAGAUGAGAUUUACGUAAUGAUUGCCGACAUCUAUCUAUGGCACGCUGACACAAAACAUGAAACUAUCGCAAAUUAUAUCAUGAAAUACGAAAUCAACGAUGAUUGGUCGAGACUUAUAAGCCUGCUAGAUGUGGGUAAUGUGAAAGUGCUGACUUUGGUGAUCAAAAUACUAGCAAUCAUCGGUCAUAAUGACAACCGGUUUGCGAUCGUUGAUCGAUGCUACAAGGAGAUUCUUAAUUAUCGUAAAGCGGAUCACUUUAUGCCACUGUUGAAGCUGUUUAUCGAGAUGCUUCUCAAACCGUACACUGGCCCCUCAGCAAGCAACCAGCAAGAAGAUGUCGAUUCUAUCCGGAUAGCGUACGAAGUUACGAACUAUAUUAACCAAUUCCUCGAACAAGCCAACACCAUUUACGGAUUGGCGAAUAUUCUUUUCCAGCAUAUGCUGCAAAUUCCUAUUCCAAUCAUUCUGAAUUGGGUUCCUUUUUCAAAGUUUCUACUACAAGGAAUGAUCUUUGGUGAUGCGCAGAAGCGUGAUCAAAGAGUUGAAUGUGAGGCCUUGGACUACCACUACCGCUGCUUCGAGACAUACGAUGAUGAUGUUCCAUACGUUACUCAGGCUGAUGCUCGUGUCCGUGUGCUAUGCGUGCAAUUUUUAUAUCGAUUGGCCGAAGCAAACCAUCCCGAUGCAACAUUGUUCCUGCUGAAGCUCGAGCACAUGCUCAUCGAACGGUUCACGCAGAUAACGAAGGCAAAGGAGCGCUACUACGCGGAUUCAAUCACUCACCGGCAAAAGCUACGUAUCGUUCAGGCACUGUGCGUGGUACUUAAGCUAACAGGAACCAAGCCGUACCCGCUGCUCGAUGUUAUGCUGUACGAAACGAAUCAACCCAACAUAAACUAUCUUAUCGAGCUGAUUGUCGCCGACAGUGCCAUUGAUACGCUUACCAUCGCAAACUCGCUCAAGAACGAACGGGUAAAGGUGUCUGGUGUACAAUCCGUGUUCGUCAUUCUUUGGUUGCGCUGUUGCCAAACGCAGUCGCUCGAUGAACAGUACAUUUAUUUGCUGCUACCGUGGACGAUGGCACAAAAUUUCUCCACUCGAUUGUACGCACAGAUAACGAUUACAAAGAUGAUUGCCACAUUCGCUGCGCAGGGAGCUGACAGUGUACCGUUGAAGAAGAUCUACGACGCAGUAAAUAGUUACCUGCGCCAGGGAAACGUCGAGCGAAACAUUGAGAAGUGCAUGAAGGAUUUCCGCUUCAACACGGUCUUCGAUUAUGCGAACCUGCUGACGCUCGAGAACAUUUUCCACAACAUACCCAAAGUGUCCGGAGUACCCUCGGAGGAUGUAGUGGAUACUUGGAUUCUAAAAGAGUGCUUUAAGGCACUCGGAAUGAGCGAAAUCAAUCUUGGUAGCGCUGUUAAGUUUGAAAAACUACCGGUGGAAAAGAAAGAAACGCUCUUCCUUGCUCAAUCGUUCGGUGGAGCAGAUUUCGUGCAACGAAAGAUAGUCCCGUUGAAAAGUCUUGAGCCUAGCCAGGAGCUACUUUUAGGAUUACCAGAGAGUUUGUCUCUUCGUAAGAUGGAUCAUGCAGAUGGGCUAAUCGUCAUUGCCAGUCUCGUAAAUCGAGCCCCGAAUCUAGGUGGUUUAGCUAGGACAAGCGAAAUUUUCGCUGUGAAGCAGUUGGUCAUUAACUCGCUGCAAGAUAUCGAUAAUAAGGAAUUUCAGGCGCUGAGUAUGACUGCCGAGAAGUGGCUGAGCAUUGGUGAGCUAAAGUCACACAAAAUAGUCGAAUACCUAGAGGAGAUGAAAGCCAAAGGCUAUGCCAUCGUUGGUGCCGAACAAACAACCGGUAGCAAACCGAUUCAGCAGCUAACCUUCCCAAAAAAGUCGAUCCUUGUGCUGGGCCACGAAAAGAAUGGACUUCCGGCAGAAAUCAUUCGACAUCUGGAUCUGAUCGGUGAAAUACCUCAGUUCGGGGUGGUUCGAUCGCUCAACGUGCACGUUACCGGCGCGAUCUUUAUGUGGGAAUACGCCAAGCAACACCAUGUUUCUACUAGUUCGUAAAUGAUGGUUUAAAUAUUGUUUUUGAAGAAAUGAAAUGAAAUAUUGAUC